AUGUGUGUGACGUUGGAAUACUGUAAGGACGGAGCCCGGUCCCUCUCCAGGGCAGAGGCAGAGAUCAAACCACGAAACCUGGGGGAUUCCAACGGCACGCUGCAGUACAAGACGGUCCCGUGUCCGGAGGCCCCCAGGGUCCAGUGUCCGGAGGCCCCCAGGGUCCAGUGUGUGGAGGGGAGCAGCUCGUAUAAAGACGCGCAGGUCUUUUAUACGUCUUUACUGUUAGUGUUAGCGGGGCUUUAUGGCUCCUCUGGCUCCAGUGACGUGUGGGUGCUGCCUCUGUAUGUGUGCGGCGGGCAGCUCUCAUCACAGGCUGAAUGUUAUGCAAACACUUCCUGGUCACCACCGCAGCAGCCGAAGCACAGAGUAGAGGCAGGCCUGGCAUUACUGCAGUACAAGCACCGCCUGGCAUUACUGCAGUACCGCCUGGCAUUACUGCAGUACCGCCUGGCAUUACUGCAGCACAAGUACUGCCUGGCAUUACUGCAGUACAAGUACCGCCUAGCAUUACUGCAGUACAAGUACCGCCUGGCAUUACUGCAGUACAAGUACCGCCUUUCCUCCAGCCCCCUCCUCCUUCUCGGUGGAUCCUCUCCUGGCUCCAGUCGGGCUCUGGCUCUGAUUAAUAGCCACUGGAGGUGUCCGAGGACGGCUGAUAAGGGACCCCAGUACAGCCCCUUCCCUUCUCCCUUCUCCCCGGCGCUCGUAACAAGCCAGCCCUCUCUGUCUUCCCCUCCUCGGGCACUCGGGGAAGCCAAUUAA